CCUCUCCCCUCUCUCUCCAGGACUCCUACCAUGGCCGGUGGGUUGUUUUCUAUAGACAGAGAUUAUUUCCAAGAGAUAGGGACGUAUGACGCAGGUAUGGACAUUUGGGGAGGAGAGAACCUGGAGAUCUCCUUUAGGAUCUGGCAGUGCGGGGGGACGUUGGAGAUCGUGACGUGUUCUCACGUGGGUCACGUGUUCCGGAAGGCCACGCCCUACACGUUUCCAGGGGGAACGGGUCAGAUCAUCAAUAAGAACAACAGACGCCUGGCCGAGGUCUGGAUGGACCAGUUCAAAAACUUCUUCUACAUCAUCUCCCCUGGUGUGACAAAGGUGGACUAUGGUGACAUCACGUCUCGCUCGUCUCUGAGACAGAAGCUGCAGUGUAAACCUUUCAGCUGGUACCUGGAGAACGUCUAUCCUGACUCCCAGAUACCACGACACUACUACUCACUGGGAGAGAUCCGUAACGUGGAGACUAACCAGUGUCUGGACAACAUGGCCCGGAAGGAGAACGAGAAAGUUGGCAUCUUCAACUGCCAUGGCAUGGGAGGAAACCAGGUGUUCAGCUACACGGCCAAUAAAGAGAUAAGGACAGAUGACCUGUGUCUAGACGUGUCCAAACUCAACGGUCCUGUCAUGAUGCUCAAGUGUCAUCACCUCAAAGGAAACCAGCUCUGGGAGUAUGACCCCAUGAAGUUGACCCUGAUCCACGUCAAUAGUAACCAGUGUCUGGACAAGGCCAGUGAGGAGGACAGCCAGGUGCCCAGCGUCAGAGACUGUACACACACUCGCUCUCAACAGUGGCUGCUGCGCAACGUCACGCUGCCUGAGAUCUUCUGACCGCCGCCUACCCACACACACACACACACACACACACACACACACACUGACGGAGAGAGAGAGAGAGAGUGAGAGGAGGGAAGAGGAGGAGGGCAGAAGGGACAGUCCACGCUGAAUGGGAUGAAGCAGGGCCCUUCUAUGGUGUCUGGGAGAGGGAACAUGUUUGGACUCAAUGGAGGAGAGACUCAUACUUUUAUGAAGAGAGACUGGUGAUGUUUUAAAGAGAGAGACCUGCUCCUGGAGAGACAUGUUAAAGAGAGAGAGAGACUCACAGAGAGAACUUCCAUGGACAAGGCAGUCUCCCCAACGCUGCAAACUCAUCACUUAUGUUUACCUGUGUGUGUGUGUGUGUGUGUGUGUGUGUGUGUGUGUGUGUGUGUGUGUGUGUGUGUGUGUGUGUGUGUGUGUGUGUGUGUGUGUGUGUGUGUGUGUGUGUGUGUGUGUGUGUGUGUGCGUGCGCGCGUGCGUGCGUGCGUGUGUGUGUGCAAAUGCGUUCUCAAGUAAAGGUGGUGGCUCAUUAGUGAAAACAUUUUUUUCAUUGAGUUUUGAUAUGAACUCUGUUGAACUCAUAUGAAGGAAGGGUGUGUGUGUGUGUGUUUUGAGCGAGCAUGUGUGUACAUGUGUUGGGAUAUGCCCUCCUGUUGCAGUAUUGUAUGACUGUGCAUGUAUGAGGACAGCCCCAUACAGCCGCACCUAGCAGUGUCUGUCUCCCUCUAGUGUUCCUCCCCUGAGUUGCAGCCUAAAGAGGGACUCAGAGAGAGGAGAUGGAGACAGAGAGGGAGGGGGAGGGGGGACUCAGAGAGAGGAGAUGGAGACAGAGAGGGAGGGGGGACACAGAGAGAGGAGAUG